GGUGCAGAAGCAGAGCAUGAAUAGGGGUGAGCAGGAAGUGCGAACCCAAACAGGGAAGCAGGACAGGAGCAGGCCCGGCGGUCGUGGAAGGCUGACCUAGCACCUGGUCAUGUGGAACCCUAGUGCUGGGCCAAAUCCAUAUCCGCCCCAUGCCGUGUGCCCAGGAGGUGCCAAUCCUGUCUGUCCACCACCUGUCAAUCCUGCCUUCCCUCCUGGCCCCUGCCCUCCAGGAAUUCCCCAGGGAAACCCAGCUUUCCCUCCAUGCCGGCCACCUUACCCGGUACCACAGCCAGGGUGUCCAGGGUAUCAACCUUCAGGUCCCUACCCUCCCCCGUGCCCACCUCCUGCUCCUGGCAUGUGCCCUGUGAAUCCUCUGGCUCCUGGCAUGGUAGGCUCAGGAAUAGUGAUAGACAAGAAGACUCGGAAGAAAAUGAAGAAAGCUCACAAGAAGAUGCACAAACACCACAAGCACGGGAAGCAUUCCUCCUCUUCCUCCUCCUCCUCUUCCAGCAGCGACUCUGACUGAAGGCAGGGUCUGGACCCUCCUCCCCGAGCAGCUCCACCCUCCAUCAAGCUUCACUGUGGAGCAGAGGGGAAUUAGCCCUCUGCUCCCUGCCCGGCUCCUACCUGUGCCUCCCCUGCUGGUCAGUGCUGGCUGUCUAGGGAGAACGGGAAGCAGGUUGCCAGCAAAAGCUGCCUUCUCCCUGCCUGGGAACACUGUGGCUGCUGAGGUCAGCGGGCAGUGGUGGUGGUGAGACCUUCACGGUGAACACAAUUUUAAGAUCUGCACGAUGUGAUUUUACUCGUUUUCUUUUGUAAUACUUGCGAUGGGGGUUUGUGAGAAUCUGAGGGACACCUGUCCUUUUGCACUGGUACAUUACGGUGAUCUGGUGGCACCUGUACUCCCAGCAGGCCUUCGAUUGAUUGCGCUAGCCGAGGAGCUGCUGGGAGGCAGGGCCCCUCUGCUUGAUGAGCUUCCGGAACCAAAUCUAUUCCUUCGUUCAACAUGUCUCAGAUGUCUAAAUAAAAGCUUCUCUCCUGGC